AUGGUCAUGAGGAACUUGCUGUCUGUAAGGACAUUGAUCAGCCAUGCUUUCUUACAAUUUAAGGAAGGCUUUAACAUCAACAAGAAAGCCUCCGAGUACCCUCUCAGUUAUCCUAAAGCAGCAUCUUGGAAUUCCAGCACAGAUUGCUGCUCAUGGGAUGGUGUUGAUAUUGAUGGCAUUAAAUGUCAUCAGCACACAAAUCAAGUGAUUCACAUUGAUCUUAGUAGCAGUCAACUCUACGGUACAUUGGUUGCAAAUAGCAGUCUAUUUCACCUUGUGCACCUUCAAGUUCUUGAUCUUUCUGACAAUGACUUCAAUUACUCCAAAAUCCCGUCUAAGAUAGGUGAGCUUCCACGACUAAAAUUUCUGAACCUUUCUCUUAGAGUCUUAUUUUCUAGAGAAAUUCCACCACAAGUUUCACAGUUGUUCAUGUUGCUCUCUCUUGAUCUUGGAGGCUUUAGAGCUGUAGUACAUCCUAAAGGUAGUACAUCCAAUCUGUUGCAAUUAAAAUUGUCCAGCCUCAAAAGCAUAAUUCAAAACUCAACAAAACAUGAAACUCUUCUACUUAGUUUUGUGACUAUUUCAUCUACUUUACCAGACACACUCACAAAUCUAACUUCGUUGAAAAAACUAUCUCUUUACAAUUCUGAAUUGUAUGGUGAAUUUCCUGUUGGAGUAUUUCGUCUUCCAAACUUGGAACUUCUGGAUUUGGGAUAUAAUCAAAAUCUCAAUGGUAGUUUUCCUAAUUUUCAAUCUAGUUCACUCACCCAGUUACUACUUGAUGAUACGGGUUUCUAUGGUGCACUGCCUGUAUCCAUUGGAAAGCUUAGUUCUUUAAUUGUCCUAAAAAUUCGAGAUUGCCAUUUUUUUGGAUAUAUUCCUUCUUCACUUGGAAACCUCACACAACUCAAGGCGAUAUUCCUUAGAAAUAACAAAUUUAAGGGCUACCCUUCUGCAUCCUUGGCAAAUCUUACCAAGCUACGCACCUUGGAGGUUGCUUUGAAUGAAUUUACUAUUGAAACCUUUUCAUGGGUAGGUAGGCUUUCAUCAUUAACUGGAUUGGAUAUAUCAUCAGUCAAUAUUGGCAGUGGAAUCCCAUUAUCUUUUGCAAAUCUCACGCUAGAAGUAUUUAUUGCAAGAAAUAGCAGUAUAAUGGGUGAAAUUCCAUCUUGGAUAAUGAACCAAACAAAUUUAGGUAUCUUGAACCUAGCCUAUAAUUUUUUGCAUGGAAAGCUAGAGCUUGACACUUUUUUGAAGUUCAAAAAUCUAAUAAUUCUAAAUUUAUCAUUCAACAAACUGUCAUUGCAUAGUGGAAAUAGUUCAUCUCGUAUGAUUGAUUAUGCAAUUCAAUCCUUAGUACUGGCUUCAUGCAAUUUAGUUGAGAUUCCAACAUUUAUAAGAGAUAUGGCUGAUCUGGACUUUCUUCGAGGUCCUAUACCACAAAAUAAUCAGUUUUCUACAUUCAAAGAUGACUCGUUUGAGGGUAAUCAAGAUCUGUGUGGUGAUCAGUUGUUAAAGAAGUGUAUAGAUCAUGCAGGGCCUUCUACUUCUGAUGAUGACGACGACGACUCAGGAUCAUCGUUCUUUGAAUUAUAUUGGACAGUAGUUCUGAUUGGAUAUGGCGGUGGACUUGAUGCUGGAGUGGCAUUGGGAAACACUUACUUUCUCCAGUUUUCUUCUGUUCUUGUAAUUGCAUAUUGUAAGAGUUUCCUUUCUGUGUAA